CUGAACAGUAGCUAGUCGAUCAGCGAAGCAAAAGCCUGAAGAUGUUCCGUAUGGACAUUCAUCCAAAAAUACAGCGGAUGGUUUCCCAACUUUGUUUUUUUGGGUUUUGGCAUAAGGGAGAUGUGGUGACAGCUGGAGAAAAGAGAAUGAAAUUAUUUUACAUAAUUUACUUUGGUCUGUUCCCAUUUAUAUUGGCAUCAGGAGGUGUUAUGACUCAAAAUACAAGUGAAAAAACAUUUUCAAUUGAAGUGACUAUAGUCACUGCCGUUUUAGAGCUCAGACUAUGGUACAUUAUCUCGAAGAAAGAGCAAAUAUGCGAACUAUUGAAUCGAAUUUCUAAAUUUCGUCUUGUCGAUCAGGAGACAUUUACGAUAAUUGACAAAAAAAGGACAGUUUUUAUGAAAUUUUUGAGUUUUUUCAUAACCACCUGCUCUCUAGCCUCAGUUUAUGUCGCAUUGGUAGCACCGUUUUUGGGUUCCGAAAAGAAACUAUUUUUAAUCAUCUCGAUUCCGUCUAAUUGGAAAUACAACGAACUUGCAUAUUGGAUGGGAUUUUUCUGCAUUGCUAUUCAAGAGUUCAUAGCAGCUACCGUGGUAUUGUUCGGUGCGAUUGUUUGGUAUUUAAUGGCCAACUGUGCUUGGCAGUUCGAAGUACUGGGGGAUCGAAUUUCAAAAAUGGGCGAGAUACGAACAAAUUUCGAUGACCGAUCAAUAACCGAUACAGAAAGAGAUAUUGUGUAUAGUCGAGACCUAAUUGAAAUGGCUGCGUUGUACAUUCAUGUGAAACUGAUUACAAAACAGCUGGAAGCUUUUCUAUCAAAACUCUUUGUUGUCCAGAUAGCGACUGGUUCCGUAUGCAUUUGUCUAUCAACAUACAGCAUAGCAUUUUUCGAAGGUGAUAAUUUCUACGGAAUGUUUGUGUAUCUCACUGGUAUGAUGUAUAGCAUUUUCGACAUAUUCACGAUUACGUUCCUGGGUAAUGAAAUAGUGCUGGCAAGCAAUAAACUAUCAUAUCGUUUGUAUGAAUCGUGUUGGAUUGGUCGAGGGCGCUCCAUCAGAUCGAACGUGCUGCUUUUUGGAACAUUACUGAAGAAACCACACCAGAUGAUUAUUUUAAAAAUGUUUCCACUCACACUGGACACAUUUUCCAAGAUUCUAAAUUCAGCCUACAGUAUGUUCAACAUUUUGCAGCGCUUCAAAUAGGAUCUGACUUUAAGGCUGCCAGUUCUCAUCUAUGAUACAAUCCAAAUAGAUGGAGCCAUUCUCUUUUCAUUCUAAAUGACAGUAGAAAUUUUGUCACAUCACAGUCGGCCACCAUACAAUAUUGUGUUCGUCGUGAUAAAAAAAAAUGUUUUUAAUUAAUUUCAACAAAACAGUAGCUAUUUAUGCAACAAGCUCUGAAAUGAGAUUGUUUCUAUCACAAAAUGUGACAAAACAACCCAAUUUUGCAACCUGUUGCAUACAACGUUUUCUGUGACAAGCUGCAAAAAGUGAACUUUUUAAAUGCAAAUCACCCGUACAUCAUUAGAUUUUGGAAAUUGUUAUCGUCACUACCGCAAAUUUAGCCGAUGGUGCAGCCUGCAAGUCAGUCUUUUAAGCUAAAAAAACAGUUCAUUUGUUUAUAAAUUAAUCACACACAGUCCAUGAAAAUAUUGUUCGUGGGAAGUGACCAGAAUUAAACGUGAAAUAGUGCUCAAAUCCAUAAUCUAUACUCGUAGUUUUUUAACUAUACUAUAAUCACAGAAACCGUUUUCAAAUGAUCAUUCACUGCCACAGUGUAUAUUCAUCCAAAAAUUUAAUUUUUUAGGUCUGUUCCGUUCUACAAAAAUAACUUUUUGUUCUAAAAAUUUAGUUAAAUAAUUGUGGUUUAUGUGGUCUACCACAUAUUUUCGUAUUGUGGAUUUUCAAAUAACAAUUGCUUUCAUCAAUUGAUUAUUCGAUAUUUCAAUAAUUUUCAUUCAUUCACUAGCAGCAAUUGGUUUCUGCCUGUAACCACUAGUCAUUUUUGGUCACCAGUUACCAAAAGUAACUCGUUUUGUAACUAGUGACAAAACGUACAAGAUCUAGUGAAAAAGACCUUUUAUACGUCACCUAAAUCACGAAUGAAAAAGUGCACUUUUCGCAGCUCAGUUGCAGAAAAACUUAUUUUAUGUAUACGUGAGAAAUUAUUGGAGAGCUAUGAUAUGAAUCGGUCGGUAGGGAAAGUAAACGGUGGAGAAGGAAAGUAACGGUUAGGAAGGAAUGCAUCAACACGCUCUAACGUAUACAGAAAAAUAUCUUUCAAAAUACCCCAAUACACACAAGAUGUGUGUGUAUUGGGGUAUGUAGAAAUAUACUUAUUUACUUAGUCACCUAUUCAAC